AUGUUUGGGUGGUUCUGGAAGAGGCAUGCUGCCACCAACAAGAAAGACUUGCUGAGACGCAUCGCCGACGGCAAGAUCACCAAAAGUCCUCCUCGGAAGCGCUGGGGGCACCCCCGGUAUCAGGAGGGUAUGUUCACUCUGCCUGUACUGGGCUCGCUGUUGAAGCGGGACUUGACAAAUGAUGAGAUCCUGAUGCUGGGCAAUAUUCGAAGGAGUGCCAUUGACUCCGACUUUGCUACGGACGAGAACCUCUCGAGAUUCAAUGCGAUCAGCCGCAUGGAUAUGAAAGCAGGAAAUGUCGCCCGAAAGCGCCCUAUCAUCACGCGGAGCACGUACUAUUCAGCCGGUAUACCGGCCGCGGAUCAAGGGACGUACAUGAGCAGAGUGACGUACGUGGCAGACGACAUUCUCGGCCGCUACUGCGACUCUAGGAACAAGAUAGACAUAAGAACAGGGGGAUUUUUGGGGGAAGGUCCGCUAUUUCAAAACUAUUUGAAAGACGGCUUUGCGACAUACCUGCGGGGCCCAAAGGAACCGUUGUACGUCAUGGUCUUGACCGACGGGCAUAUCGGGUGCAUGAUCCUGACAGUCGUCCCUUCUCCCGCCACUCUCUAUUUGUGCGUCGAAGCUUUCAAUCUCGCACCUACUGACAUCACCAAGGUGAUUCGUGGCCUCCGUCGCAGAUUCCAUUCAGAACAGCGUUCAUUGUACCAGAUCGUCCUGCAGGUUCCUGUGCGCGAAGCGGCAUACAACGAGGCCCGGCUCUUCACGCGGGCACUGCGAGGGCCCGUCACGGAGUCCGUUCUAAGCUCCUUUCACAACGGAAAGAUUGCAAACGAAGGCAAAACCCUAAUUGUGCAGGAGAGUGUACUUGACAUACACUGUCAGACCUGGAUCGUCGUCUAUCCAAUCCUGAGGCUGGUCAUGGGAAAGUCCGUCCUGGUGACAUCAAGAUGGUUCGAAAGUGUCGUGGAGCUGCACGGGCAUCGUUUCAUCGACGAAGCAAGGGCCAUCUUUGUCGAACUGGCCGCCGUUCCCCCUCGAGCACUUGAGCUCGUAAAGAAGUUGAUCACAACAGUCGCUGAAGAAGACGUUAAGUUCAGCGACUUCAGUCAAUCCCUUUUUCGGGUUGAAAAAGUUGGGGCACCGUUGAAUAGGCCGGGCAUCGUACCCGAGUGGGAGAAUCGCUCCUGGUUGCAGAUGGAGGGACAACAUGCUGUCAAUAGGCGUCAUCCCAUGACUUACAACCACGCGAGUUUUCCGCGAGCGUUUAUUCAUUUUCCACGUGUCCUUAGCCUGCUGGUCACAGUGCCCGUACAUUCCGUCAUCGGUUAA